GUUAUUACUUCAAGUUUGUCGCUUGGGCCACACGUUGCGAUGAUGGGUUAUCUUAUUUAUUGCUAUUAUCUGUUGUUUGCAAUUGCCUUCGUAUUUCAAGGCAAAUUUGCAUCUAGCGGUAAUGUUGGGAUUCCGUCCGACCAAGCAUUGAGACUAGCAGUGAGUAAUGCACUAUCAACGACUACACCUGUGGCGCUUGAAUGCCCAAAGGUUUACGGAUGGAAAGAAGUUGGAGAUUUCUGUUACAAGCGGGAACGUAUGUACGGUGACAACAAACUAACAUGGUUCGAGGCUCGAGACUUCUGCCGGGCGAUAGGGGGCGAUCUUGCCAGCUUUCACAGCAUUGAACAGUUUGGAAACGGCACUGACGUCACAUCGUAUACAAAUAGCUACGACUUAUAUUGGAUCGGAUUGUCGAUGCCAGACCAAAGUGGUCGCUAUGCUUGGUCGGACAAUUCGAUAGUGGACUUUACCAACUGGGGAAAAGGGGAACCAAAUGACGUCAACGGGCAGGAAAAGUGCGUUUUAUUUAACCGCCACGGCGGAAAGUGGAAUGACGCCAAUUGCUACUCAAGGAGAAGCGUUUUGUGUCAACUGAAGAAAGGCGAUCCCUUGUUGUCAACUGCACGCACAGUGUCACCUACACCAAAUCCACACUGUGAUCCAACCUGGCACUCCUAUGGAGAGUACUGCUAUUUCCUCAGCCCCAAAUACGGCGUGGAUGCCACGAAGUCUUGGUACGAGGCCAGAGAGUACUGUAUGCAGAACGCGGGGGACCUGGUCAGCAUACAUAACACUAAUGAGAGCAACUUUUUAGUGCAGCAGAUUGGAAAGACCAGUGUCUACAAAUACUGGAUAGGCUUAAACGAACUGGACUUGGAAAGCUACAAAUGGUCAGAUGGAACUGUCACUGAUUUCAUAGCAUGGGGACCUGAUGAACCCAACGACUACAACGGAGGCCAGAAAUGUGUCGACAUCGUCACUGACUCAGGUACACGCUGGUCUUGA